AUGGGUAUCUCUUCAAACUACCUUACCGCCACGGAGACAAUAGCGCUCGUCGCUCAAGGUCAAUUGACGGUUGAGCAACUCGCGCUGGACCAUCUGAGUCGAUAUGACGAGCGAGAUCCGGUAGUUCACGCCUGGGCAUAUGUCGAUCGCGAGAGGAUACUGAGGGAAGCAAAGAGAUUAGAUGGUAUCCCUAAAGAGCAGAGAGGACCAUUACAUGGAGUAGUGCUCGGUGUGAAAGAUAUGAUGAAUAUGCCAACACAAAGCGGAUCACCUAUAUACAAGGACUCCCGGCCAAAUGUAGAUGCUGGUUGUGUAGCUAUUUGUAGAGCGGCUGGAGCUUUGAUUUUUGGCAAGACUCAUACCACAGAAUUCGCUUGUUCCAAUGUCGGUCCACCGGGUUGCAGUAAUCCAUAUGAUGCCGAACGUACACCCGGAGGAUCAUCGUCUGGAUCAGCAGCUGCCGUUCGAGAUUUCCAAUGUUCUUUAGCACUCGGAACUCAAACAGGUGGAAGUAUAAUCAGACCAGCGAGUUAUAAUGGAGUCUUUGCUAUCAAACCCACCUGGAAUGCUAUCUCGACUUAUGGCUUGAAACCCUAUGCGACAACGUUAGACACCGUUGGAUUUUUCGCUAGAUCAAUAGAAGAUCUCCAACUGCUUUCCAAAGUAUUCAACAUUAAUUCGGAUAUCCCUCUAUCGCCUACUAUCAAACCACUAGCUUCAAGCAAAUUCGCUUUUGUGAAGACUGAUCAAUGGAUAAACCCUACUCCGGAAUUACAAUCCGCAUGGGAGAGAUCAGCUAGUCUUCUCCGUGAAGCAGGAGCGGAAGUGAUUGAUUUGGAAUUACCAUCUGAAUUUAUUGGCAUUAGUCGCGGAUCAGCAUGGACAAUCAACCAAGCUGAAGGAAGAAUUUCAUUUCAAUAUGAAUGGUUAAAUCAUCCUGACCUUUUAGGUGAUUUGGUCAAAUCUCAUCUCGAUUCACGAAAUACCGUAACACAAAAACAACUCGUAGAAGCAUAUGAUAAAGUAUCUUCACUCCGACCAAUUAUCGAUAAGAUCGCGAGUCAGUAUGACGCAAUCAUAACUCCUUCAGUGGAAAGUGAAGCUACGAUAGGUCUAGGUUUUACAGGUUCACCAAGGUAUAACGCAAUGUGGACUGCACUUCACGUUCCAUGUGUGAAUAUUCCUGGAUUCGCAAGUGAGAAUGGUAUGCCAAUCGGUCUAACAUUACUGGGACCAAGAUUCAAUGACGAGAGAUUGCUGCAAGUAGCAGAUACUGUGGCCAAGGUUUGGGUUGGAGUGGACCAGGCCAAAUUGAAUCUCAUACCUGCACCAGAGGGCGCAUUACAAUGCAAAGUAUAA